AUGAACGAUCCGAACAACGCCAAGAGAGAAAUGGCUGAUGUGGAAGAAUUUGAAGGCCUUGUCCUCGCCGAUGUCAUCCCCAAACUGGACAAGUGGUGGUUUCAGUACCCCAAUCUACGCAAGCUGAACUUGCUUCUGCUCAGUGCCUUCCUGGCCCAGUUUACUUGCGGAUUUGACGGCAGCAUGCUGAACGGCAUGCAGUCUCUGCCUCUCUGGCGGGAAGCAUUUGGUGACCCAACAGGUGCUAACCUCGGAACUCUUGUCAAUGCGAUUAAUAUCGGUGUUCUUGUAUCCGCUCUCUUUUCCUCUCAGCUGUGCGAGAUUUUCGGGCGGAAGAAACCGAUCACGCUCGGCACUUUCUUGAUCAUCAUUGGCUCUGCCCUUCAGGGCGGCGCCCAGAAUCUGGGCAUGUUUAUUGCCGGCCGAAUUAUCAUUGGCUUGGGAACUGGCAUCGUCGCUGUGGCCGCUCCUCAGUUGAUGACAGAAGUCGCGUACCCGACUCAUCGCGGGAAAAUGGUGUCUCUAUACAUGACACAAUGGGUUGUCGGCUAUCUCGUUGCUGCUUGGACAACGUUUGGCACGUUCAAGAUGAACUCUUCCUGGAGCUGGAGGCUACCCAGUCUCUUGCAGGGCGUUCCAGCCAUUCUGCAGCUAAUUCUUAGCAUUUGGGUCCCCGAGUCUCCACGAUGGCUCGUGUACAAGGAUCGCCGAGAUGAAGCUUUGAGUGUGCUUUCUCAGUAUCACUCCUGCGGCGACCACGACUCUCGCCUAGUGCGCUUCGAGUUACUCGAGAUCGAAGCAACCCUGGAAGAAGAAAAGAAGCAUAAGGCGAUCCAGUGGUCCGAGUUUAUCCGCACCAGUGGCAACCGUAAGCGCCUCUGGAUCUUACUUUUCAUGGGUUUCGCUGCUCAGUUGUCGGGCCUGGGUUUGACCGGCUAUUACCUGACCAAGAUCUUGAACAGCAUUGGCGUGACCAAUGCCAACACGCAACUUCUCAUCAAUGCAAUCGCUGCUGUUUGGCAGCUGUGUUGCUCUGUUUUCUUUGCUAUGCUUAUUGAUCGAGUCGGCCGACGCGGUCUGAUCACAUUUGGAAUUACUACCAUGUUGGUUGUCUUCAUAGUAUGGACUAUCUGCUCUGCCCUCAACGAGGAACGUCACUUUUCCGAUCGGCCUCUGGCGCUCGCCGUCGUUGCCAUGAUCUUUUUGUUCCAGGUUGGCUACCAACCCUUUGCCAUCUCAACAGUGCCCUACGUUGUUGAGUGUUCUCUCUACUCGUUGCGCUCAAAGACAGCUAUGAUCUUCCAGUUCUGUGGCUACUCGGCCAGUUUCUUCACAGGCUACGUCAACCCUGUUGCCUUGGACCGCAUCGGCUGGCGUUACUACAUCUUUGCAUGUGCUGUUCUCGGCGUCGAAUGCGUGUUUGCAUGGUGGUAUCUGCCUGAGACAAAGGGAAAAGGUCUGGAGGAGAUUGGCCAGAUCUUUGACGGUGACGAGCUUUUGACUGGUACGCAAGCCAUUGCUAAAAAGCGCGAGGAGAAAUAUCGUGCAUUUGAUGAGAGCAGUCUUCGUGAGCGCAAAGCUCUCAAUGCGAGCCACAUUGAGAAAGGGGAGACUGAUGUCUGA